UUUUUUUUCUAUCCGGACCGGAUUUUCUUGAUCAGAACUCGGAAAAUCCGGGUUUUAUCAAACUACCCGGAUUUUGGAUCCGGUCCGGGUUUAAACUCUAGUAAAUACACAUUUACAGCUUUUCCUGUUCCACUAAAUAUCAAUUAUAUAAUUAGAUUGUUUUUUUUUCUUUCCCAACUUUUUGCUAGCUCAAAUAAAUCACUUAAAUUUUAACUCUAUCAAUUUUAUUCUAAAAAAAAUAAAAAUAAAUAAAUAUAUUUUUAAUGUAAAAGGAGUUUUUUAAAGUUUUUUAGAAUUUUGGUUAAUUAAAAGCCAUGAAAUUAUUUUUUUUCUUUUCUUUUUUUUUUAAUUUUUGAAAGGUUUUUAGGAAGCCAAUAAAUGGUUGUUAAUAAAGACAAAUUAAUGCAAAAAGAAUUUGAACAAAAAUGUAAAAUUGAGACUAUUCGUUGUGCUGGAAGAUGUGAUAUUGAAUUGGGGGAUAUUACAAAACAUAAUGUUAUGCAAUUAAAACGUCUCAAUUUGGCUGUUUUUCCAAUUUGUUAUAACGAAAAAUUUUAUAAAGAAGUUAUUAAUGCUGGAGAUUUGGCAAAAUUGGCUUAUUUUAAUGAUAUAAUUGUUGGGGGUGUUUAUUGCCGUAUUGAUAAUUUGGAUGGAAUUAAGAAAUUGUAUAUUAUGACGUUGGGAACUCUUGCACCUUAUCGACGAUUUGGUGUAGGUACUCUCUUACUCGAGCAUGUUUUUUCUCUUUGUAACAAGGAUAUCCAAAUCAAAUGUGUUACUUUACACGUCCAAACAAACAAUGAAAGUGCUCUAAAUUUUUACAAAAAAUUUGAUUUUAAAGUUGUUGGAAGAGUUGAUAAAUAUUAUAAAAGAAUAGAGCCUGAUGAUGCUUUUGUUCUUGAAAAGGAGGUUAAUUAG